CGGGAAGUGAUGUGGGGCCAGACGGAAAAUACCCGCCAAGGACCCAAAAAGGGCCAGCAGCGGUGGACGCCGAGGCAGGGACACUACCGCGGUGGGGCCAGGACCGCCAGGCCGAGGCAGGUGAAUCACUGAGUUCUUCAUUAUGUCUGAUGGAGAUUAUGAUUACCUCAUCAAGUUUUUAGCUUUGGGAGAUUCUGGAGUAGGGAAGACCAGUGUACUUUACCAGUACACAGAUGGUAAAUUUAAUUCCAAAUUUAUCACGACAGUGGGCAUCGAUUUUAGGGAAAAGAGAGUGGUGUACAGGGCCAAUGGGCCAGACGGAGCCAUUGGCAGAGGCCAGAGAAUCCACCUGCAGUUAUGGGACACUGCUGGGCAGGAGAGGUUUCGUAGUUUGACAACAGCAUUCUUCAGAGAUGCUAUGGGUUUUCUUCUACUUUUUGAUCUGACAAAUGAGCAGAGUUUCCUCAAUGUCCGAAACUGGAUAAGCCAGCUACAAAUGCAUGCAUAUUGUGAAAACCCAGACAUAGUGCUAUGUGGAAAUAAGAGUGAUUUGGAAGACCAGAGAGUAGUAAAAGAAGAAGAAGCCAGAGGACUUGCUGAAAAAUAUGGCAUCCCCUACUUUGAAACUAGUGCUGCCAAUGGGACAAACAUAAACCAGGCGAUUGAGAUGCUCCUGGACCUGAUAAUGAAGCGAAUGGAACGGUGUGUGGACAAGUCCUGGAUUCCUGAAGGAGUGGUGCGGUCCAAUGGCCAUACCACUACAGAUCCAUUAAGUGAAGAAAAGAAGGGGGCAUGUGGCUGUUGAAAACUCAAGUGAGCGAGAUCAUAUUUCUGGUGGCCCAUGUCUGUGAUCUUCUCUAUGGCCAAUACAUGGCACAGUGAGAUUAAUAGGCAUUGGGUACAAACUGCUUCUCCCCAUCUCCUUAGACCUACUAACUGAGCAUCCAGUCUUUAUUUUGUUGCAGCUUUAUAAAUGUUUAAGAUUCAGCCUGAGAGUUAGGAAAAAUACUUCACAUAGCCCAAAGUGCCUUUUACAACCUUAGCCCAUGAUGAUAAAUCAUUCAAGGAUUCAUGAAUUUGUAACCACAGAAGAGUGUAUUACACAGAAUGCUGAGGAUACCACCGCCUGCCUUAAUGCAAAUAAACCUAGAAUCUCACAUUAAGAUUUUAGGAAUAGUUAUAAAAUAAUCACAGUUUUGAAUCCAAAUUUACAAACCAUACCAUAGGUGACCUUCUAAAAUUGCCAUUUCAACCACUUGAAUAUCAAAUAAUAAUAUACACAUCAGAUUAAUGUCUUUGAGCAUUAAUUUGAUGUAAGCAUCCCCUUUAACAUGGAUAAAUUGGAUUGAUGAUAAACUGAUAGUGAUUGUAGACUCACUAUGAUUUUUUGUUGGUAGGAAAAGGGUUGGGGAUGGGGGCAGGGGUGGCUUAAUCAGUAUGAGCAAGUAAAGUGGGGUUAAUAAUACUCUCAGCUACAUUCCUAUUGCUCUAAAGGGCUGACAGAAGGAUCAGGAACUAGAUCUCAAAGCUUCAAUUCAUUUACAGUUGACCUGUGUACUGGACACAUCAUGGCUGGUGUUUAUGCUGUAUAUGUGAUAAGUAAACAUUUAGCUUGUUUUUCUUCAUAUUUAUAAUUUUGGUCUAGCAUCCUCUGACUGCAGUUUCAAUUAGCUUGUAGACUACUAAUCUUCUGUCUUCACUAUUAGGCUCUGUAUGGUUGAUAUUUGCAACUUGUUUUCUUCAUUGGUGCAAUUGAAGAAAUUUGUUUUUAAUUAUAUGGUAUAUUUGUUUGCUAUUUGGCAGAAGAGAGAUGGUUUUAUUUAAACAGCCACAUUUGUAUUCUAGUUCAAUCUAAGAAAAACUGAAGUGUUCUAUAGCCUGUAUUUUUCACUGGGAUCAUGGGUGUUUACUGUACUUGCUGAGUCUUGCCAAGAUCAUGUGUUCUGCUGUUUUGCCAAAGUGUCUUUAUACCAAAUUAAAGGUGGUUAAAAAAUAUGCUUCAUGGAAAUAGUUUAUAAAGUUCAAAGGUAUUUCAUUUAGAGGAAAAUUCUUGUUUAUUAAAGUUGUUUAAAUAAUGUAGAUUAAAAUUUCUAGAGAGCUAAGUGGUUAUUUAGAAGAAAUAUCACUUAUUAUAACUUAAAUAAAAAUAAAAAUAAAUGUAUUUUGUGACAGUCAAUAUUUAGCAGAACUAUAACUAGAAAAAUACAAGUAGGAAGGAAAAAUUACUUUCACAUAAGUUUCACAUGGCCUUUUAUUGAGCACUUACCAUGUUUUUUUUUGCCCCUGCCUUUCUAUCGCUUCUGUAAUAAACCUAACCAUGAUACUAAGAUUUUACAUAUUUCUAUCUUUGAAAUGAGGGCUUCUUUUAAAUACCAAAGAAGUCAUGCAUUUGAAUGAUUUUCUAAUGAGGAAAAGAUCCAGAUGUUUCAAGGGUAGGGCCAUAAUCACACAGCAGUACCUUCUAAAGCUGCCAUAAGUCUUCAGUGGAGUGUGCUAUAAUUUAGAAGUCAUACAUCAGGGCACACUUAUGUUAUCUAUUUGUAUAAUUAAAAAUAAUACAAUGUUUCAGUUUUCAAGAAUUAGAUGUAUAAGUAGUUACAGAUUCUGUUGGCCUUAAACAUAGCACACAGUUAAAGGUAUGCAUAAGAACUGCCUUUAGUAAUUAUAUAAAUAACCAGUAUUCUCUUUGAAAAUCAUGUUUAAAUUUGAUAUCAAAGUACCAUAUUUUUGUGUGUCAAUGUAUUUUUCUAUUUACAAACUGGUGUAAAAUUAAAGCAUAUCUUCAGUGAACUUAUGCCAACUAAGCGAUAAUAAAAGAGUCGUCUAAAUCUGU